UGUCAGCGCCAACGUCCGAUCUCCGCUGUGUUGCGCGCAUCCAUCGCAGCCCGCUGAGUACGCGCAUGUCGUGGUCGCUGACGCCCGCGAUGGGCGGAUUAGUCCACAAUUAGUCAAGGGCGCAGACAGUAAACAGACGGACCGUGAUAAAAUGCGAUCUCGACUCAUCGCAAAAUGCAUCCGCCGGCCUCCACAAGCGCUCGUCCUCUCUUGCGUCCAUCUCAAGCAUUCGGCUCUUUCUUGGAUAGCUAGCGUGCUUUUAUUGUCUAUAGCCUCAAACGCCUCAUACUCUUUGGACACCUUACUCUCCCCACAAAACGCAAUGGCCCCCUCAAGCACUCCGAUCACCCCCUCUACACAACCUAACGGCACCACCCCUUCCACCCACCCCACCGAAAAGCCCCUCCCCUCCACUCCUUGGCGCGCGACUUCCCGCGACGCGCCCCCGCGCGCCGAGUUCGCCUUCGACACGAUGGAGGACGCGCUCGCGGCGUUCAAGGCGGGGGAGUUCCUGGUGGUGAUGGACGACGAGGACCGGGAGAAUGAGGGGGACUUGAUCAUUGCGGGCGGGCAGUGUACGACGGAGAAGAUGGCGUGGAUGAUCAAGCAUACGAGUGGCUACAUCUGCGUCGCGCUACCGCAGGAGCGGCUCGAGGAGCUGGAUAUCCCGAUGAUGGUCCCGGACAACCAGGAGCGCCACCGAACGGCGUACACGGUCACGGUUGACUACAAGCACGGAACCACCACCGGCAUCUCCGCCGGCGACCGCGCCCGCACCGUCCGCGCCCUCGCCGACCCCGCCGCCACCCCCGCCGACUUCACGCGCCCCGGGCACAUGGUCCCCCUCCGCGCGCGCGCCGGCGGCGUCCUCACGCGCAAGGGCCACACCGAGGCCUCCGUCGACCUCUGCCUGCUCACUGGGCAGGCGCCCGUCGGCGUGCUCUGUGAACUUGUUAACGACGACGCGGAGGGCAGUAUGGCGAGGCGGGACGACUGCAGGGCGUUCGCGGAUCGGUGGGGGCUGAAGAUGAUCAGCGUGGAGAUGCUGGCGGCGUGGAGGAGGGAGAUGGAGGGGAAAGAGGGGCAGUGAGUGGAAAAGGAAGGCAAGGUAACCAGUGAAGACGGACGGGAAGGCAGAGCAGGCAAAGGUGUAAGUUAUGUACUUUAGACAUUAUAGACGGAAGGCUGCAAGAUCUCAUUGAGAAUGGUCCUCGGAAG